CCCGUUCUCUACAUCUCAUAGCCAAAACUCAACACUUCCAUUCCAUGCAGUUACCUGCCACUCGCUUUCUUUCCCUCUUUUCAAUCUCAAAAGAAUAAAAAAGAAAGUGUACCCAGAAAAAAACUCUGUUUACCGCCCUCUAUCGAGAUAUGAAGAAUUAAAGCUAGGAGAUACAAGACAAAAGGCCAUUGCUUUGAGAAUUAAAAGAGAGAUAUGGAUAUGGGUUUUAGAGUUUUCUGGUGGAACAUGUUGAGACCUGACAUUUUCAAGUUAUUGCUUUUGUUUUCUUUGGUUUGUUGUGCUGCAGCUUCUGUGACUUAUGAUCACAGAGCUAUUGUGAUUAAUGGGCAGAGAAGGAUUCUGAUUUCUGGGUCCAUUCACUAUCCAAGAAGCACUCCUGAGAUGUGGCCUGAUCUUAUACAGAAGGCCAAAGCAGGCGGUUUGGAUGUUAUACAGACAUAUGUGUUUUGGAAUGGACAUGAGCCUUCUCCAGGAAAUUAUUACUUUGAGGAUAGGUAUGAUUUGGUUAAGUUCAUCAAGGUGGUACAGCAAGCAGGCUUAUACGUUCAUCUCCGGAUAGGCCCUUAUGUUUGUGCUGAAUGGAACUUUGGGGGAUUUCCUGUUUGGCUGAAAUACGUUCCGGGCAUCGCUUUUAGAACAGACAACGGACCAUUCAAAGCGGCAAUGCAAAAGUUCACAGAGAAGAUUGUCAGUAUGAUGAAGGCAGAAAAGUUGUUUGAAACUCAGGGCGGUCCUAUCAUUCUGUCUCAGAUCGAGAAUGAAUAUGGACCAGUUGAAUGGGAAAUUGGUGCCCCUGGUAAAGCUUAUACUAAGUGGGCAGCACAAAUGGCACUAGGUCUUGACACUGGUGUGCCCUGGGUUAUGUGCAAGCAAGAGGAUGCCCCUGACCCCGUUAUUGAUACCUGCAAUGGUUUCUACUGUGAAAACUUCAAGCCAAACAACGACAAUAAACCCAAAAUGUGGACAGAAAACUGGACUGGUUGGUACACUGAGUUUGGUGGUGCAGUUCCUCAUAGGCCAGCAGAGGACUUGGCAUUUUCAGUAGUGAGGUUCAUUCAGAACGGUGGCUCUUUUGUUAAUUAUUAUAUGUACCAUGGAGGAACCAACUUUGGCCGAACAGCUGGGGGUUUUAUUGCAACCAGCUACGAUUAUGAUGCUCCUAUUGAUGAAUUUGGACUGCCAAAUGACCCAAAAUGGGGACAUUUGAGAGAUCUGCACAAAGCCAUCAAGUUAUGUGAAUCAGCUCUAGUUUCUGGAGAUCCCACAGUGAACUCACUGGGGGAUAAUCAAGAGGCUCAUGUAUUCAAAUCAAAGUCUGGCGCCUGUGCUGCAUUUCUUGCAAACUAUGACACAAAAUCAUCCACAAAGGUGUCCUUUGGAAAUGCACAAUAUGACUUGCCACCUUGGUCCAUCAGCAUUCUUCCUGACUGCAAAGCUGUUGUUUUCAACACUGCAAGGCUUGGUGCUCAAAGCUCACAGAUGAAGAUGACGCCUGUAAAUAGUGCAUUUUCAUGGGAGUCAUAUAACGAGGAAACUGCCUCUGCUGAUGAUGAUGAUUCAACCGCAAGGAAUGGACUCUGGGAACAAGUAUAUGUCACAAGAGAUGCUACAGAUUAUUUGUGGUACAUGACAGAUGUCCAGAUAGAUUCAAAUGAAGGAUUUCUGAAGAAUGGACAAUCUCCUCUUCUCACUAUAUUUUCAGCAGGCCAUGCCCUGCAUGUUUUCAUCAAUGGUCAACUAUCAGGAACUGUUUAUGGAGGGCUGGAUAAUCCUAAAUUAACUUUUAGCGAUGUUGUGAAGCUGACGGCUGGUGUUAACAAGAUAUCUUUACUAAGUGUUGCCGUGGGUCUUCCGAAUGUUGGCCUGCAUUUUGAGACAUGGAAUGCUGGGGUUUUAGGCCCAGUCACGUUGAAGGGCCUCAAUGAGGGGACAAGAGAUUUGUCGAAGCAGAAAUGGUCUUACAAGAUCGGUCUAAAAGGUGAAUCUUCAAGUCUUCAUACCGUAAGUGGGAGUACCUCUGUUGAUUGGAUGAAAGGAUCAUUACUAGCUACAAAACAACCCUUGAAAUGGUACAAGACUACUUUCAGAGCACCAGAAGGCAAUGACCCAUUAGCUUUGGAUAUGAAUAGCAUGGGAAAAGGUCAGAUAUGGAUAAAUGGUCAGAGCAUUGGACGCCACUGGCCUGGAUAUAAAGCACAUGGUGGUUGUGGCGAUUGUAGUUAUGCUGGAACUUACACUGAUAAGAAAUGUCGAACUAAUUGUGGAGAAGCCUCUCAAAGAUGGUACCAUGUUCCCCGCUCAUGGCUGAAUCCGAGCGGGAAUCUACUGGUCGUGUUUGAGGAAUGGGGUGGUGACCCAACUGGAAUUUCUUUGGUUAAAAGAACGGCGGCAAGUGUCUGUGCUGAUAUCUUUGAAGGCCAGCCAACACUUAAGAACUGGGGCAUGCUAACCACUGGGAGAGUCAAUAGACCCAAAGCUCAUUUAUGGUGCCCACCUGGGCAGAAAAUCUCUCAAAUAAAGUUUGCUAGCUAUGGACUACCCCAAGGAACAUGUGGAAGCUUUCGAGAAGGAAGUUGUCAUGCACACAAGUCCUAUGAUGCGCCUCAAAGGAAGUGUGUUGGAAAGCAAUCUUGUUAUGUGACCGUAGCUCCCGAAGUUUUUGGAGGGGAUCCAUGUCCAGGUAAUAUGAAGAAACUUUCAGUUGAAGCCAUCUGCAGCUAAAUAUAGCAGCUUCCAUUCGUACACAAUAAAUGAUGAGCAAGGAGUUCAUCUUCAGUAUAUAGAUACUUACACAUCUGAGUUGCCAAAGGCGAUUGAUUUGACUUUGCACGAGGGCAUAAGUGUAGCCAUUCCACACACCACCUGGCCAAAGCCAAAUAAUGUAAAUAGUGAAGAUGAUUCUAAACAUGCAUCAGAGAUACCGUAUAUGUAUAGGGAAGUUGUCAUUUGUCAAAUAGCUUUACAUGUUAUUCAUAGAGUUUACUACAACUUUAGAGUCUCCACAAACGAAGGCAGAAGUUUUAACUUGUUUGUGGAUUGUCAUGUAUCGUUCUGGGGGAAAGCAGUUUGCCUUGUGAGAAUCAAGUGGAAGUAAUAAGUGCUAGCCUUUUGAAUAGCA